UGACGAUUCCAUCUGAUCGACACACCAGGUAGAAUUGCACUGGGUUGGGCAAUCAAAUAUGGAGGAUUUGAAAUAGCUGUACAUACUCAUUUUUGAAUGAAAUUAAAAGAACAUUUUCCAGUAUUUACCAUGGAUAUUGUAAUUUUUAUGGAUAUUACGGUAAGCAUUGAGAAAUUAAAAUAUAUCACAUAUAGAAAAUACGAUUUUAUGUACAAUGUAAUCCAUUUUUGUCUAUACACUCUGGUAGACAUUGUACAAAGUUGAUGCGUUUCACCUGCUAUUACUAUAGUGAUAACAGUGAUACUUAUAGUUAUACCCACAUAUAGGAGGUUGGUAGCAGUGGGCUACGUUGUUAUUGCUCAAAUUUGUUACUCCGUAUUUUCAUGAAUUUAUAAGUGGUAGAAGUUAAAGAAUUAGUAACUGGUUGGUUCUAUGUGAAUUAUAAAGUUUUGGUGUACCUGCUGAUAAUAUCCACGUGAGGUUAACUGGUUUGAAUUCGUCUAAAAUCUAAGAAGUGACUUGAAGUUGGUGACAUUGGAUGAUUUUAACAUGAACAUGAAUAUCUCGAUCAGUGUGAGGGAUUUCUGGGGUCUCUUUACUCACGAAGCAGUAAUGAGUGCCCUGUUAAGAGAUAUAUCAUCAUCAUCAACAACUGAACAAUCGCUGACAUCUGCUGCAACUCAGAGUUUCACUUGUUUGCUUCUCAAUGAUCUUUACUCUUUCAUAACAAUUGAUGAUGUCAGGAAACAAGCGCAGUCGAUAAGGGACACUCAUGUGGACAGGUCAUGUAAACGUAGCUGUAGUGAUUUGGAACAAACCAAGCACAACUCUAUGUCGUUAGAUACCCUAGACUUGUCUAAGCCUUCGAACAAUGCAGGAGUUGUAUAUGGAGAAGUUACUGAAGUCAAUUGUUUAGAAAGUGACUGCUUCGAUUGCCAGAUCAAUGCACCUACAAAAGCUAGAGCGUCUAUGCUAGAUUUCAUUCAAAGUUUGGAAAAAUCAAUAACAAAUGAUAAACAUCAAUUAGAUCAUGCUUUAGGCUCAAAUGGAAUGAUCAAGUUAGUUCAGAAUCUGAAGGAUACCAAAAUCACUUCUCUAAAUAUUCGAAAUGAUUGGAUAGAUUCUGAUUCGUUUAUUAAUUUAGUUCAAUACUUACCCAGCACACAAAUCAAAUCCCUUGAUUUGAGUGAAAAUUAUAUCGGCCGCAAAGGUUUCGAGUAUUUGUCUAAAGUUCUGAGAGAAACACAAAUAUCUUCACUUAAUGUGAGUAAAAAUGAACCAUUUGAUGUAGACACAUGGGCUACAUUUUUUUCUGAUAAAAGCUCAAUGAAUAAAAAAUAUGAAGAACCAAUUCUAUGUUGUAGUGUGUGUCACGUUGCUGAAAUUUUUGAAAACUCGGCCACAAGAUUUUCUCUUGAUCUUAGCUCUUCCCAAAAUGAAAACCUCAAUUGUUUAGUAUCAAUUUUGAGAAACUCCAACAUAGAAAAAAUAAAUUUAUCUUCUUCGGUAAUAAAUCCUGGAACCUUCGGACUAUUUGCAGCAAAUUUGAUAGAUUCAAGUGUUACUACCCUAAAUAUGUCUGGCUGUAAAAUAGGUAACGAAGGAGUCAAGAUUUUGGCUUCCGUACUAGAAAACACAAACAUACUCUCACUUGAUCUUAGUGAUAACAAUAUGAACUGCGAUGGCUUGGAAGUAUUUGCUACAUGUUUAACUAAAUCACAGAUCACCUCUUUGAAUCUAUCCAGUAAUCGAUUCAAUAUUAAUGGUAUGAAUAGCCUUGCAACUGUCCUGCCAAACACAAAAAUAACUUCACUUAGUUUGAAUUUUUGCGGUCUUGGUAAUAGAAGUUGGAAGAUAUUAUCGGCAUGCUUGGCUCAUACCAAAAUAACUUCCCUUGGUUUUGUGGAUAAUGUUCCAAAUAAUGCUGUCGAUAUAGAAUCAUUAGCUAUUGAAGUGAAAAAAUCAAUAAUAAGCUCAAUCGAUCUUGGUUAUUAUAUUAAUAAUUCUAAUAAUAAUGGUGAUACUAUUGUUAAGUUACUCUCAUUUUUCAUGUUGGGCUCACAACUAACUUCUAUAAGUUUAAGUUAUUGUUCAAUAGACUGCUAUCGUAUGGAGAAUUUAGUUAUUGCUCUGAAAAAUUCAAGUAUUACAUCAGUGAAGCUUAUAGCCACCUCCAUAACCAGUGAAGUUAUGAAAAUAUUUGUAUCGUGUUUGAUCAACUCCAAAAUCACUAAUUUGCAAUUGAGUAAUUUAGCCGAACUAGACGUUGGUGCUUUGAAAUGUUUGUCACUGGCUUUGAGAAAUACACAAAUAUCUUCGCUUAACCUCAGAUAUAAUCAAUUGGACUGUCAGAGUUUAAAGGUUUUGGCACCAUGUUUGGAAGAUUCAAAAUUAACACAUCUCGAUCUCGCUUAUAAUGGAAUAGAUUACGAAAAUGAAAUUAGAAAAAUUGAGAGGAGUGAUGUGGGUGUUAAAUGUCUGGCAAUGGCUCUGAAAAAGUCUGAAAUAACAAGUUUGAAUCUUGCUGAUAAUGGUUUAUCAUGCAAAAGCCUGAUGAGUAUCAUACUGAGUUUGCCAUUUACAAAAGUUACCACACUCAAUCUCAGUGGUAAUGACAUUUGUUGUAAUGUGUUUUACUUGGCUGAUAUCAUAAAAAGUACUCAAAUUAAUUCUCUAGAUGUUGGGAUGAUGGAUGCGAGGAAAGCAUUAUCUUUAUUAUAUGAUAGACAUUCUAAGACGAAAACCUGUCUCAAUCUAUCAUACCUUAUGCGAUGCUCAUUUUCUUUGUAUUAUCUUUCACAUGUAGACCUGUUGCACACGAAAAAUAUCACCCACCUCGAACUUAAACAAAAUCAGAUUUCGAGUUGUGGAGAACUGAAAGAACUUUGUGAGUGUAUAUCAGGUUCUCAAAUCGUUUCACUAGAUCUCAGUGAAAACAGAAUCAAUAGUGUUUAUCAUUUAGCAGAAUUGCUUCAGCAUUCUUCAAUUUCGACAUUGAAUUUAUCAUAUAAUCAAAUUUCUUCCGAUGGUAUUAAGCAUUUGUCCCUAAGGCUACCAGGAUCCAAGGUCAUAUCACUUGAUCUAUCCUAUAACCUAAUUACAGAUGAGAGCAUUGAAUACCUUUCUAAUAGUCUUGUGAAUACAAAAAUUACUGAUCUCAAUCUCAGUGGAAAUCAGAUUGGACGUCAAGCUGUAGAAAACUUGAGUGAACGAGUAGCUCACAUCAUUGUUCAAUUUCAAUUGCAAAGUGAUGACCCUCAUAAUCACUUUUAUUUGUGCAAGUAUCCAGAUUGUAUUGUUGAAGUCUAUCGAACGUCCUCUGAAGUGAAUAUCCAUCAUUUGAUUGAUUAUGUAGGUAAUAAAAUCGAAAUGACGAAGGUGUUCAUCCGAUCCAAAAAAGUCAAUGAUCAUGUUGACUCCAAUCCAGCUAAAAUGACUCAUUUCAGUAAUAUCAACAUCAGUGAAAUCGAAAUGGUUGAACAUUCUAGCUUUCCAUACUUUAUAUUCAAAAAUAUUUCUCAAUUGAAGUUGAAUGGAACACAUACUGAAAAUGCACCCGGUGGAAAUGGAGAGAAAAUCAUUGAAUUACGGCUUCAAAAUAUAAAGAACCUCAAAUUUAAAGAUCUUCAAGAACUCCGUUUCAGCAAUAUCAUGUAUCUUGAUCUAAGUAAUAAUAAUAUGGAAGAUGACCAACUCGAAUGUCUUGCUGCGGCUUUGAAGUCAAACAGCAUGAAUCAGAGCAAUAAAAAUUAUUUGAUGUCUUUGAAUUUGUCCAAUAACAAAUUGGAAGCGAGAAGUGCUGAAUCGCUUGCAGAAGUCCUUCAAUAUAUACCAACAUUAACCUACAUCGAUCUGCAUGGAAACAAAAUAGGAUAUGCAGGAUUCCAAUCUCUUAUGAAAGUAGUUGACAAAACUAACCUGUGUUGGCUUUCGCUGGGGGACAAUAAUAUCGAAGACCAGUUGGAAGGAGACAUUGAACUAUCUCCUUACAUUGUGCCCCGGAAAGGUGAUGAAAUGCCAGUUGCAUUCCAAUUGAGGUACUUAUUCAGACAGCUGGUGUCAUUGAACACAUCAAGUGGUGAACUGGAAUUCACAAUUCCCACAACCGACUCAAACCCUCCUGUCAAUAUCACCCACUACCCCAAGCUACUCAAGAUCUAUUACGAAUUUGAAAAUGAUGUGGACUAUCUCAACGUUAAUGUUUAUGACAUGUAUUACAAGAAGAGUAAGAAGCAUGACAUGUGCCUUCUGCAGAGAAUAGAAAAAUUCGUGCAUGAAAUUGAAAAAAGGUUUCUAUCGUUCAUUGACAGCAACUUAAUGAAACUCGAACAUGCAUUUGGCUAUGAUAGCUUUGUUGUUCUUGUCAAGGAAUGUGACCGCCUUGGGUUAAACAAAUGUGUUGAAUUUCUAUUACUCCAUCGAGUCUGUUACUAUGUGGAUGAUGUUGGAGAGAUAUUGCAUCCAUUCAUUUAUAGAAUGCUGCACGAAUACAGUAUGCCUUUAUAUUGCAAACAAAUCGAACCAAAUAAGAGGCAGCAAAUAAUUGCUUACUACCAGAAUCAUUCAGAAAUCGAAGGAGCUCAGACACUGAUUGAUCUGUUGACGUCUAUGUCUAAUGAAGAAAGUUGAUAUUCUUGCAUUAGCUCAAAAUAAAUUGUGAUGAUUAGAUGAAUUUAGUGUAUUAUCAUAUUAAUUUUAUAAGAAUAUAAUUGUCAUUAUAUAAGUGCUUUCUUUUACUUGAAUGAAGAUGAUUUUAGUAAUCAAAUUUUUAUUUAUCUCCACUGCAGAAAAGUUAUAUUUUUGCUUGCAUUAGCUCGAAUAAAUUGUAAUGUUUAGAUGAAUUUAUUGUAUUACCAUAUUAUCAUAAAUUACUGUUCAUACCACUCGUAUUUUCAUGCAAAGGUUGCGAUAUUAUAAAAAAUAUGUUUUCCCAGCAUGAUUCCAAGUUUUUUUACAGUAGCCUACCUACUCAUAUGAUAUAUCUUUAAUCACGAGAUAAAAUUACAUAUAUUGAAAUGAAGUAAUAUUUCUAGGUCAUUCCUCAUACAUGACUUCUCACAAUCACCAUCUGUAAGUACUUGUUCCAAAAAUAACUUCAAUUCAAGAAACCACAUUUUAUGAUAAUGUUGAGCCGAAUUGUUAGAUGUGCGACCAUAGAAAUCCUUAGCACAGCCCUUACAUCUUGAUUCUUUCUUGAUCACUAACUGUCAAUUAGCACUCAAAUACAGCAAGUUAUCAUUCAAGCCUUCUAUUUUUGCACAACAAGACAGCAUGCUAUCAAAUGAAGGAAAGGUGUAUGCCAUUAGUUAGACCUUAUCUAGUUUAAUAGAGGUGGACUGAUAAUUUGAAAUCAGCUUCUAACUGCAUUUUAUUGGGAGAUUAUUUAGCAAGAUCAGCCUUGGUAUAUUGAGAUGCUCAAAUGAAAACCAUAAUGUUUUGUGAAGAAACUGAAUUUUGGAUAAAAAAGUUUUAUUUGAGAAAUCUGAAAAAUUAUCCAUAAUUUAAUCAAUUUAUUAUCGUUUAGAUUAAGAAUAUUGUCAAUGAGAGUUUUUAGUUACCGUACCUAUUCAUUCAUUUUAUAAUCAGUAUUAAAGUUAUAUUAUUAUGUUAGUUAUGAUUCCACUAUGUAAAUAUAAAAUCAGUGACUAUAAUGUAAUUUUCAUGCGUUAUUGAAAUUGUUUUUUUUUGUAGUUUUUAAAAUUGAAUCAAAGUGAUAUGGAUUAUUGAAACUUGAAUGUGCAAUAACAUGAAUAAAAUAGCUGCAGAAAUAAAUUCACAAAUAUUACUUUCUACAUAAAUGGAUGAAUUUCGGAUAUAUGAACAUUGUCAUAUUAUUUGUUCAUUUGAAAACGUGGGAUUUGAUAGAGCCUUAAAUUAAUAUCUAUGUCAAUGAAUGAAAAUAAAAAUGUUUGAUUAGAUGAGAAGUUCUGAUGAUUGUUAGUGAUCUGCUUGUUAGUGACGAGAAAUUAAUUACUUCGACGAAAAAGUGGUCAAAAUAAGGUAUGUUAGGGAUAAGUAGUCCAAUAAAUUGUUAGUCACAUGAUCUGUUAACUUUUAUCCGUACUGAAGAAAAGUGAUAUUUUUCCAUUGGCUCAAAUAAAUUGUAAUGAUUAGAUGAAUUUAGUGUAUUAUAAUAUUUUUUAAGAAUAUAAUUGUGAUUAUAUCAUUUUUAUACUUUAAU